AUAGACGCCAUACAAAUAUGUACAAUGUGGCGCUGUUAAUUCUGAUAAUUUUCUGCCUAGACGAUACACAAGCUCAAAAUGCUUCCUAUCGAGAUUUACUUCAUCUGCUCAACACCACUUCAAGAAUUUAUGUGUACUACACCAGCUACAUGAUGUAUAAGAAUAACGAUGCACUGACGUGUUUGUAUUAUUUAAAAGAUGUUUUAACAGAGACAUUCUUUAGGGUUGACCUGAAUUACAACAGAUACGAUGAAAGGUUCAGUAGAGAGGUUACCGGGAUACUGGGAAAUGAUACAAAAGGGGACCCGUUUAUGCAGCCUUUUUCCUGGCCAGGACCGUGGCCUCCAAUGCCGAAGGUUUUAAAAUAUUAUGAUUCAAGACAUCACUGCGGAGUUUUUUUGCUACAAGUUGCUGGUACAAUGCAAUGCGAGCUCCACAUUUGGGAAGGCGAUAUAAUAAAAAAAGAACAAUAUUUUUAUAAUAUCAAAAAGACCUGCAUAACGUUUUACAAUAAAAUCUGUGGUGGUGAGAAACCGACGGUUACAAUGUAUACAACCAACUGCUACAAGAUAUGAAGCGAGACACUUUGCUUAUGUCCGGUGACUACCCGGAACAUUCAUCCUAAAGGCUACUGAUAUUUUAU